AUGUGUCAAAGCCCUGGUGACUCACGUCGCCUGCUAGACCUCGCAGCCUCCAUCAGCACCGCAACAACCAAGAUGGAUGCCUAUCUCAAAGAGCGCAACCUUCCAUAUCCUUCGUUCGAGCCCAACGCCCCACAGACUCUACCUCGUGAGCUUCAAGAUGCGAAAGACUCAAUCCUGGACGCGGCUUCCGAGCUCCAUGACCUGCUCACUGACCCGUUGACUGCCUUCUUCGAAAGCGCGCCCGUCGGCUUCAUGAGCUUGAUGUUGAUUCAACGCUUCGGUAUUGCGGACCUCUUCGGACCCGAAAAAGAAAUGAGCUUCGCGCUCAUCGCAGAGAAGACUGGGCUGAGCGAGGGGGUGGUUAAGAAUACUAUUCGUCAUGCGAUGACCAUGCGCGUGUUUCGCGAGCCUCGGAAGGGGUUUGUCGGGCAUACUCCGCGGUCUAUGGCGAUGAGAGACGGUGACAUGGCUCGGUUUAUGGAAUUUGCUAUGGAAGAACUGACACCUGGUGUUUUGAGUGCCGCCAAAGCGUGCGAGAAAUGGCCACAGUCGGGUGAGCCUAACCAUACCGGGUUCUCCCUUUCCCAGAACACAGACUUAUCGCUGUACGAGACUCUUGCGAAAGAUCCAGUGCGGGCCGCUCGCAUGGCCAAUGCAAUGCACGUGUGGGCCACCAGCGGAAGCUAUCCAGCCUCGCGGGUUGUUAACGAGUACGACUGGGGUCGCCUAGGAGCGGGGACUGUUGUGGAUGUCGGAGGCUCACGCGGACACGUUGCGGUGGCUAUUGCGUCGAGGUUCCCCUCGCUGAAGUUCAUGGUGCAAGACCUCCCAAGCACUAUAGCCGGAGCCGAGGCAGACCUUCCCCCCCAGCUCGCCGAUCGCGUCAGCUUCAUGGCCCACAACUUCUUCCAGGAGCAGCCCGUUGUCGCUUCCGCGUACUUCUUUCGUUGGAUCUUCCACAAUUGGUCGGACAACUACUGUAUCAAGAUUCUCCGUGCUUUGAUUCCUGCAUUGAGACCUGGAGCGCUGCUGAUCGUGAACGAGAUUUGCAUGCCUGAGCCAGGAGAGAUUCCGGUGUGGAGAGAACGAUUGGCGCGGACCAUGACCUUGGGUAUGAUCAGCAUGUUCAACUCCUAUGAGCGGGAUCUCGAUGACUGGACCCGACUUUUCCAGAAAGCGGACCCACGUUUCCAGUUUGUCGACAUUCAGCAUAUCACAGGCACUGAAAUGGCUCUGAUUGAAGUCAAAUGGACUGGAGAGUAG